CUUAAAGAUCAAACACUUAACGAAACGUGCACACAAACUUUUCUAGAUUACACAGUUAUUUGGUAUGUUUUGAUAAUAUGUACAAGCACUUGACCAAAAAGUAUUCCUAAACGAGAACGAAAUUUGAGUGUUAUCUUAGUUCUAGGAAACUUUCGAAAACUCUAUUAUUUCAAUAAGUUCAGUUCAAUUAUCACCCAAGUUAUGGUUGUUAAUACGGAAGUUUUAACGAAAUCCUCUCAAAAGUUCGUGUUAAAAUCAUGGUUUGGAGUUCGACACAAACAAUUAUUGCUUUUAUUCUUUUUGUUGGUGAUUGGAUAUGGGAUGAGGAUCAAUUUAUCGAUUGGAAUCGUCGCAAUGACCGAUCCAACGAUAAAUCCCAAUUUUCCAACUUAUAACUGGACGAUGGACACCAAAAGCACUCUCCUUUCAUCGUUUUUUUGGGGCUACGUCGUUCCCCAAAUCGGAGCUGGACAAUUAGCUGAAAAAUUCGGGGCGAAAUGGAUUUUAACGAUCGCGAUGACCAUCUCAUCAAUUUUUACCUUUCUAAUUCCAACAUUCGCUAAUUUUAGUACUUGGGGUGUUAUGGUUUGCAGAAUUUCCCAAGGAUUUACUCAAGGAUUCUUUUUUCCUUGCGUUCAUAACAUGUUAAGUAAAUGGAUUCCUUUGAGGGAAAGAUCCAGAAUGGGAACGUUUGUUUAUGCAGGUGGUCCUUUAGGAACGGUAAUUUCGAUGCCUUUAACUGGUUGGAUAUCUGCGAGUACAAUAGGUUGGCCCGGAGCAUUCUAUUUAUAUGGUUGUUUUGGAUUAAUAUGGGUGUUAAUGUGGAUUUGGAGAGCGGGGAAUAAUCCCGAAGAGUACAAAACGAUCACAGACGAAGAAAAAUUAUAUAUCCUAAAAGGUUCGGGGCAACAAAACCAAACGAAAGCGAUAACACCAUGGAAAAAAAUUGUAACCUCACUUCCAAUAAUUGCAAUUUUGGUUGCAAAUUCGGGGCAAAUGUGGAGUUAUUGGACCUUAAUGACAGAAAUUCCAACUUAUAUGAAAGGAGUUUUACAAUUUGAUAUCGAAAAGAAUGGGUUGUUAUCAGCAGCUCCAUAUUUUGCGUUGUGGGUUUUGAGUUUUCCGUUUGGUUACAUCACCGAUUUUAGUAUAAACAAGAAAAUAUUUUCUGUUGGGGUUGUAAGGAAAAUAAUAACUACAGUUGGGAUGAUUGGACCUGCUAUAUCACUUUUUAUCCUGGGCAUAUUAAAAAAUCCAUCCCCCGCAGUCGCUGUAACCCUUUUAAUUGCAGCCGUUGGAUUAAAUUCAGCGAUUUUUUGUGGAUUCCAAGUUAACCACAUGGAUAUCGCCCCAACUUACGCAGGAACCACCAUGGGCUUUACAAACGGAUUCGGAAACAUCUUUGCGAUCGUAGCCCCUUUAGUCGUUGAGUUAAUUGUGAAAGACGAAAGUGAUGAAUCGCAAUGGAACACGGUUUUUUUUAUUGCUGGAGGAAUCUAUGUAGUCGUUAAUAUUUUUUAUGUUAUUUUUGGAUCUGGGAAGAGACAAAAUUGGGAUUGUCAAAAUAAUCAAAGUGGUAUCUCAAAAAAUGUUGAAUCUUAAUUUUAAUUUGAUAUUAAAUUAAAUAAAAUAAAAAAAUUUUUGUUGAGUUUAUGUUGGGUUAAGGUAGGCAACCCAAAUGACGCAACCUUUCUAUUAAAAAAAUUCCAUGCUGCAUUGUGCCAAACAAUUAAACGAAUACUUUUUGGUAUAUUUGGUAGGUUGAAAUGAAAGAAAUCAUGUCGAAAAUAGCAACCAAUAUCACUGCAACCACAGCGUUUGGAAUUUGGUGCAAGAAAGCAAUAAACAGCUCGAUUGUUGCCAUAAGGGUGUUAUUGGUUCAUUUCAAAAUUAAUCUUUUACAAACUUUUCUCUAAAUUAGCUUCAAAACUCUGCAUUACAUUGAUUCCGAAAAAAAUAACUGGGUUUUUUAGAAACAUUGUAAAAGAAACUUUAAAA